AUGGACAAUCUGGAAGUAGGAACAGAAGGCAGUGCAUUGCAGGACUCGGCCGCCAUCAAACUCGACAAAGACAAACUCAAGGCCUCUGGAAAGUGUGGCGAGAUGAGGAGCAUCUCUGAUCCUUGCUGGACCCAGGAGCUGAUGCCUCCUCUGUCAAACCUCUGCCUGCAAAGUAUCGUGAGCAACUUUGAGGAAAACCCUAUAGUUGAACAACUUAGACCCGGCGAGAAAGACUUUAUUCUCAAGCAUCUCUUCACCGAUCUUCCCCUGCACAUGACGGCAAACCUGAUAAGUGACGGCGUCUAUUGGAGGCGGUGCUGUGAGCGGCAGUGGGACCUCUGCGACGUCUCCGAUUACGGCCACAGCUGGAAGCGGAUGUUCUUCGAGCGGCGCCUCGAGAGCAUGAUCGAGCUUUUCAUCCCGGACGCAAGCGAUCCCGAGGUGAUCCUCGACAUGGUGCAGCACUGCAGGGACUACAUCAAGAGGCUGAGCAUUUCCCAGCUGCUGCUGAGCGACAACGAGUCCUCCGCGGACCACUUUGACUUUGGCAUCCUGCUCGACAAGCUGACCAGCCUGGAAGAGCUCCAUUUGAUCUACAGGGUCAAAAAAUGUGGGAUGAACUUCGAAUGGAAGAUGCUGGAGAUGAGCGAUCGUGAUUGUGAGUCCCUCGCCAAGGCCAUCGAGUCCUGCAAAACUUUGAAGCGACUGAGGCUCCAACUGAGCAACAUUGACGAUAAUCAGUGCCACCUGCUGGUCAAAUACCUUUUGGACCACCCGAGCCUGAGGGAGCUGGACUUUUCCCACAACCUGAUCAGUGACGGCGGAGCCAAAGCCAUCGCCGAGCUGCUCACCAGGAGUAAACUGGAGAUCCUCAACUUGUUUGACAACGAUAUCAGAGACAAAGGUGCCAAAGCGAUCGCUCAGGCCUUGUCCGAGAACUCCACCCUGUUGUCGCUCAACCUGCGUCUCAACCGCGUGAAAGACGAGGGAGGUCAGGCCAUAAGUGAGGCUCUGCUGAAGAACAACACCCUCCAUCACUUGCACCUCGGAGCCAACAAGGUGACAGGGCCGACUGCCGUAGCGUUGUCUGAGGUGCUGGCUCAGAAUAACAUCCUGAGGAGCAUCAACCUCUCCUGCAACAACCUGGGCGAGCUAAACGAGGCAGUCGUAAAGCACCCGUCCUUCCGUUUGUCUCUCUGCUGA